AGUUAUCUUAGCCUGUCUGCUAGCUCAGGAGCGUCACACAGUUUGUCAGUUUGAAGAGCAGAGCUAACGGCUAACUGAGAGCUAACAGCUAACUGACAGCUAACGGCUAACUGAGAGCUAGCGUCGAGCUAGCAUGGCGCCUUGCUUUACUAUGUGCUAGCUGCUGUUAGCCAGCUGAUGCUAACAGUUGCUAACAACUUGUUUAUGUCUGUCAGCUGUUGUAACUGAUUACUGCAGUACUACAAGUACACAGCCGAGGUACAUGUCACUUCAUUAUGUACAUACAGGAUAGUACUACACUCGAGUACUGUGUAGUUCCAGUACUCGAGUACUGUGUAGUUCCAUUACUCGAGUACUCUGUAGUUACAGUACCUGUGUGUCUCCUCAGCUGCAGCUUGGUGAGCCGCAGGUUGAACGAGCUGUGCAGACACAACCCGCUGUGGAAGAGGCUGAGCUGCAAACACUGGCUGCUGACGGAUGCCGACCGGCUGCAGAGCGGCGUGUCCUGGUUCUGUCUGUUCAAGCAGUACUACCGGGACCUGGGCCGGUACGUGCAGUACUACCCGGUGCUGAAGAGCGCCUGGGAGCAGCUGAAGAGCUUCCUGCAGCUGAGGUGUCCUCGCAUGAUCGCGUCGCUCAAAGAGGGCGCCACAGAGGUGGAGCUUAACGACAUCGAGGCUCAGAUCGGCUGCAGGCUCCCGGACGAUUACCGCUGCUCGUACCGGAUCCACAACGGACAGAAGCUGGUGAUCCCGGGGUUGAUGGGCAGCAUGUCUCUGUCGAACCACUACCGGUCGGAGGUGCUGCUGGACGUGGAGACGGCGGCCGGAGGCUUCCAGCAGAAGAAGGGCAUGCGGCGCUGCCUGCCGCUCACCUUCUGCUUCCACACCGGCCUCAGUCAGUACAUGGCGCUGCAGCCGGCAGAGGGACGCAGGAUGUUCGAGAGCUUCUACCCCUGCCCCGACCAGACGGCUCAGGAUCCUUCAGCCAUCGACAUGUUCAUCACAGGUUCCUGCUUCGUGGAGUGGUUCACAGGUUACGUGCACAAUGUCGUCACAGGAGAAUAUCCAAUCAUCAGAGACCAGAUCUUCAGGUACGUCCACGAUAAGAGCUGCGUGGCGACCACCGGAGACAUCACCGUCUCUGUGUCUACCUCCUUCCUGCCAGAGCUGUCCUCCGUCCAUCCACCACACUUCUUCUUCACAUAUCGGAUCAGAAUAGAGAUGUCGAGCAGCGCGUUGCCUGAAGCCGCCUGUCAGCUCGACAGCCGUUACUGGAGGAUCACCACCUCCGAUGGAAACGUGGAGGAAGUUCAGGGCCCCGGCGUGGUCGGAGAGUUUCCUGUCAUGACGCCUGGAAAGGUCCACGAGUACGCCAGCUGCACCACCUUCUCCACCCCGUCAGAGUACAUGGAGGGUCACUACACCUUCCACAGACUGGCCAAUAAGGAGGAGGUGUUCCAGGUGGCCAUCCCUCGCUUCCACAUGGUGUGCCCGCCCUUCAGAGAGCCGCUGGUUCGCACGAGGGCAUCGACCAGUUACGUGCCUCGCUUUGACGACCACGACGAUGACGGCGAGUACUGGGACGGGGACGGGGACGACUUUGGCGACCUGAGACAGAGCGACGUGGCGGCCGGAGCGUGGUGCCCUCGACAUAUCUGACCCCGCCCCCCCACUGCUGCGUCGCCAUGGAAACCAGACGGACUAUCAGUCAUUCAGGUCUGCUCGAUGACACUGAAACCUGAAUGACUGACAGCAGGGCAUUCUGGGACAUGUAGUACGGGACAGCCUAUUUUUUUUUGUUUGAACGAAGACGGACGAUGACGCCUCUAACGGAUUAUUGAUCAUGUGACACAUCUGGGACACGAAGCGGCAGAAUUCUUGGACUGUGUCGGGCGGAGCCUCGUGCUGCUCCACCCUCCACGCCUCCACCCUGCACGCCGUUCUGCUGCAGGAAGCGAACAGUCGUCAUGUGACGUCACAGCCAGCGUGCCUUCAUGUGAAUAAACUGAGCUGAUGUAAUGUAUCGAUGCAGUUUACACUAACGAAGCUUACUGCUAAUUAACUCGUCAGCAUGCCAACACUAAACCAUGGUGGACGGAGGUCGUCGUGGUUACCUGCCGUGAGAAAGGUCACGUGGAGGUCGUUAAAGGUCACGGACUGCCGAUGACAGAGGCUCGUCACGGUUUUUCUUUAACGUGUUUUCUUUGCGUCUCUGAUGUGAUUGGUUUGUUUUCUAUGUUUAAAUAAAUAAGGAUAAAAUAUCAGCUGA